GCACCCAAUCUAGUGCGCUUAUCACUAUUAAUGAACAAGGAGCCUCGUUUCAUCGGAUUGCAACCUGCCCUUCACAAGCUCUUCAACGACGAGAUGCCAAGACUGAAGCAACUUUGUCUCGGAUAUUUUACGUCGUGGCCAAAGGGUUAUUUCACGAACCUAACACACCUCUGUUUGUACGACCAGGAUCGAUCAUCUCGUCCUUCCACCUCCAACUUCCUCGAUAUCCUGGAAUCGUCACCUCAACUGGAGACGCUUGCGUUA